AUGCCUUUUCUUGCAGGCACUCUGGGCAUUGCCAUCCGCCGGGGAGAGAUACCAGGCCUCAGGGACUUCCUCCUUAGAAUACGCGCCGACAAUGACACACUCAGCAACCAGGACAACAAUUUAGUAAAGCAGUUUUGGGAGCACAUAUUUCAGUGCAAGUUUGUAUCUCCUGGAACGGAGUUUGAAGGGCAGACUCAGGAAAAACUGUGUACAGGGAAUGAGAUUCUAAAGAAUGUAGACACUGAAUUCCUUGAUCUGUCCAACCUCAGGCCAGAGUACAAUGUGUACAAGGCAGUAUAUGCCCUGGCACAUGCCCUACAUGACAUUCUACAGUGUGUUCCAGGGAGUGGGCCUUUCAAAGGUCAAAGCUGUGCCCGUUUACAGGGACUAGAGCCAUGGCAGCUUUUAUAUUACAUGCAAAAGGUCAAUUUCACAACAGAUUUUGGUGAUCAAGUGUCAUUUGAUGAAAGUGGGGAUGUUUUACCAAUCUACGAUGUGAUGAACUGGAUGUGGCUCUCAGAUGGAAGCACAGAGGUUAAAAAUGUGGGUGAGGUCAAAGAAUUGGCUUCAGAAAUAGAUGAUCUUAUCCUUAAGGAAGACCAAAUCUUUUGGAAUUUUGAAUCUAAAAAGGUCUGCUGACAAUCUAUCUAU